UCUAAGGUUAAUAUUUAUGCUCAAGGAGAAAAAGAGGAAUCUACAUAUCUUGGUGAUGCUGAGAUGUGUAGGCUUUCUAAUAUUGCUUAUUCCUGAUUGAUAUGUCAUCAAAUCAAGUAAAAACGAGUAUGCUUUGAUCCAUUCCACAUCCGUUGAAUGUAACCUCUUGGUACUUCCUACUUUUCAGUAGAUUUUUGAGGGGGGAGAUACAUGGUCUCAAUACUGCAUUCGGUCUAGAAGAAGCUGAUCUGUAUGAGAUGCGGCAGUGCCAGGGGACAGUUGCUUCUGCUAUUUUUGGUUCCAAAACUAUUACUUCAUCGACUCUUUCCUGAUGUGCGGUAUUCACUCUGGAUCGAUGGGAAACUUAAACUUGUGAAGGAUCCUUAUCAGCUGUUAGAGAUAUUCUUGUGGAGGAAAAAUGUGCGCUUCGCUAUUUCCAGGCAUUAUAGACACUUUGAUGUCCUUGAGGAAGCUGAGGCCAACAAGUCUGGUGGGAAGUAUGAUAAUGCUUCAAUUGAUAACCAAAUAGAGUUCUACAAGAGAGAGGGUUUAAUCCAUUAUUCAUCAGCUAAGUUCCUUAUUACAAGUGGUAAUGGUUCUUCUCGCUGA